UGAAGAAGCUUUGAUAGGGAGAGGAUUCCCUGUUAUUUCACUCCAGCCACUUUAAGGACAGUCAUGAAGAUCCUCAUCCUGCUGAGCCUACUUGCCCUGGGCAGCUGCUUCAACCUCGAAGAAGAAUGGAAAAAAUUCAAAGCACGUCACCAAAAAACAUACGAGACUGACUUCGCGGAUUCUUUCCGCAUGAAAGUGUUCUCGCACAAUGCCAAGAGGAUCAACAGCCACAACGAACGCUUCAAGAACGGCAGCGUCAGCUACAAGCUCGAGUUGAACCAGUUUGCUGACAUGCUGGGCUUCGAAUUCCGCAGCUCGCGCAACGGCUUCAACCGCACGAGGAACGCGACCGCGAGGAGCAAGCUGCUCGGCGCAACCUUCAUCUCACCGCACGGCGUCCAGCUGCCCGAUUCCAAGGACUGGAGGACCCUGGGAGCCGUCACGCCCGUCAAGGAUCAGGGACACUGCGGCUCCUGCUGGUCAUUCAGCUCGACUGGCGCCCUUGAAGGACAGCACUUCCGCAAGACCGGCAAGCUGGUGUCUCUAAGCGAACAGAACCUGAUCGACUGCUCAACCAAGUACGGCAACGAGGGCUGCAACGGCGGCCUCAUGGACCAGGCCUUCCAGUACGUCAAGGACAACAGGGGCAUCGACACCGAGGAUUGGUACCCUUACGACGGCCAAGACGAGAAGUGCCGCUACGACGCCUCGCACUCUGGCGCCACCGACGCCGGCUUCGUCGACGUUGAGAGCGGCAACGAGGACCAACUCAAGGAGGCCCUCGCCACCAUCGGACCGGUCUCGGUCGCCAUCGACGCCAGCCACGAGUCCUUCCAGUUCUACUCGCAAGGAGUGUACUAUGAGCCCCAGUGCGACAGUCAGCAGCUGGACCAUGGCGUGCUUGCCGUCGGCUACGGCACUGACGAGGAGUCUGGACAGGACUACUGGCUCAUCAAGAACUCUUGGGGCACGUCCUGGGGCGACGGCGGCUACGUCAAAAUCGCCCGCAACAGGGACAACAACUGCGGCGUCGCCACCCAGGCUAGCUACCCCCUGGUCUAAUAGUAAGGAUCCCUUCCGUGCCUAAUAUUAAGGAAAAAUGUUUGCUUCCCGCAACGAGAUCUGAUUUUAUAAUGCUACAGUGUUGUAAGUUUGCAUGGUUGAAUGACCGAAAUAAAAUAAUGUGACAAACUGA